AUGUCGGACCCCACCGUCCCGCUGCCGCCCCCGUCGGCUCCUCGGAGCACCGCGCGAGUGCCUCCGCCAUCUUCGCGUAGGUCGCGUGUGCACCGGCUAGCCAUAUACCAAGCUCAUGUCUGCUUCGAUGGUCAAUCCAUGCUGAUCGAUUCGCAGCNNUUACAGACUGCUACACACGCCUUGAACAACGGGAGCUCGGUCGUCUGGGUAGNNGUGUGUCUUCCUUUGUUCUAUGUCGUACGUCUUGUCGACGCGCCGGCUGACACGAGACCAGAUGCGACGACAGCCUUUGCAAGGUCCAGACUGAACGACUUCCUCGCCGCGAACCCCUUCGCCCAUGGCUCGGAGCCCGACCACGACACCAGGCUAGACCGCUUUCACGCUUAUUCGACCCCUACCGUUGCCCAUCUGUUAGCCCUCACUCUACAUCCUCCGCAAUCCUUCCCUCCGCCAGGGACCGCCUUGAUGGUUAUAGACGACCUACAUGCCAUCUUCGAAGUAUCCUAUCCUCGCAAUCGCGCGAACACUUUCUCGAGUCACAAGUCCGAAGCUGCUAGAUGGGCCGCUGGUCGUCGCUACGGCAUCAUGGGCACUCUCAUCUCUGCUUUAAAGAAACUGGCUGCGCUUAACGACAUGGCCGUCAUAGUCACCACUGGAUGCGCUACACGUGUGCGCCCUGCCAGCGGUUUGGGCGCUGUCUUGGUGCCCGGAAUGGGAGGAGCCGAAUGGGAAGCCGGCAUUUCCAACAGACUGGUCAUGUUCAGAGACUUCAAGCUGGGGAGCUGGGCCCAACAACAUCAGGAUCCUGAGAGCGCGAGAUAUAUCGGACUACAAAAGAACAGCGGCGUGGCCUUCUCUGAUGAAGGAGAAACUGGCCAAGUCGUUCCAUUUAUUAUCGACAAGGACGGCCUCAAGGAUGUUGCCAACAGAAACUCGACAGCAGACGCUCCUGUCAUUACACUUGCCGCGUCAUCCCCUUCGAAGAUCCGCAAGCGCCCAUAUGCUGAGAUUGCCGAUGGCACCGCAGAAGGUCGCGACGAGUACGGCUGGCUGAACGGAGACGAAGCAGACGCAGAGGGCCUGAUUGACGAAGCUGCGCUGCUCGAAGACGAUGAAGAUGCAGCUACCGCUAUUCCCGACGAAGACAAACCUGCUACCAUCGUCAUCGACGACUGA